UGGAGGAAGUCAAUCAGUUUGGAAUUUGAUUUUGAAGGAAGAAGGUCAGUGGAAUCAAAGUAGACAGAAUCACACUUGCUAGGUAGAAGCAACUGAUCGAGGAACACACAAUCGUGUAUGAUGGAAAUUAAGUUAAUAUUCCUCACCAUAUGCAUCCUGCAGCUCUUUAAUCUAUCAACUCAGUCAAUAACAAUAGAUUGUGACUACAACUCAAAAUGGACAUACCAAAUUGUCGGAGCUGUCUACCGCUGUGAAGUUAAGAACAAUAUCAACAUCACAGCUACAGAUGAAUCAACAAUCAGCACUCAAACAGGCACACAUGUCUCAGGUUAUGCCAAUGGAAAUGUAUAUGGCUUUGAUAUCCGCAAUAAGGUUGUGAAGUAUUUCCCGCAAGGAAUCGAGAAGAUCUUUACAGCACUGACUUUAAUUCUAAUCAACGACGGGCACUUGAAGGAGAUCCAUCAGAAGGAUAUCAAGCCAUUCACGAGCCUGAAGGUUCUCGACUUACAAGGCAAUGACAUUGGCAUUAUUGAGGAAGGAACUUUCGACAUGAACACAGCUUUGCAGUACGUCUGGCUGCCGAGGAAUAAAAUCAUGCAUGUGGACUUGACUGUCUUUGAUAAACUUGCUUCAUUGUCCACAUUGAGCUUCUAUAAGAAUAAAUGUUUAGACACAGACGCAGCUUAUGAUGCAGCGACGGUUAAGCAGUUGAUUGUUGAUAUUAAGGCAUCGUGCAACAGUGCUGACUACCUCAGCCUUAACACAACAUUAAAAGCUCUUCAAAAGGAUCUAAAGACAUUAAAACUUGACAACUUUGAAGCUUAUUCGGAACGUGUUGAGGAACUGGAAACAAAAUUCAUGAAUUCUAAAUUUUCAUACUUCACGACCUUCGAGGCACGACUUGAGGCACUCAAAAAUGAUCCAAAAUUCACAGAGAUUGAAAAUUAUCACAAUUUAAAGAAGCGAAUUGAUGACUUGGAGACUGAAGACAUCGCGGAGAAGCUUAAGGAAAUUGAGGCUGAAUUAAAGAAGUUCGAAGGCAUGACCAGCACAAGACUUGGACAAAAGGUUGAGAAUUUUGGGAAGAAGUUGGAUAAUUUCAUUAAAGACACAUCAGACAGGAUGUCAAAGGUUGAGGAAGCAAUGGGAAUCACAUCAACUGGCAGCUCCGUGGCUACACUAAGUGGAGCUAAUGUUAAUGCAAUCUUGAGUGAAUAUGAAGGGAAACUGACCAAGAAUAUUGAGAAGAAGCUUACAGCUUUAGAGAAUAAGAUUAAAAAGAUGAUUGCUGAUAUGUAAAUUGAAUGUUGGCAGUGACUUUUUUGAUGAAAUAAAAGUUCUAGCAAGAAAUAAGUUUAAAAGGACAUUAGGGUGUUUGGUGGAGCUUUUGGGUUGAAAGCUUUACUGAGCUUUUUGGUUGAAAGCUUUACUGAGCUUUUUGGAUGAGAGCUUUUCUGAGCUUUCGGAUGAAAGCUUUGGUAAGCUUUAUGGUUCGAAGCUUCAUUAAGCUUAAAUUCAAAAGCUUCAUCAGAUCCUACGUACAUAAGCUCAACUUAAUUUAUCCUUAUAAAGCAUAAAGCUUUGAAAUUUAAAAAAAACUCCAAGGGGAAAACAACAUGAUGGGCAAAAGUUUAAAUGAAAAUUCAAAACAAUUUCCCACUCAUUUUCAAUCCAAAUUUAAGUAAAAAAUCAAAAAUCAAUAACAAAUUCAGCACAACUGUUGCAAAUCGAUGCAAAGUUUCCAUCAAAAUUUUUUCCCACCAUGUUGUUCUCCCCUUAGAAAAAAUAAUCAAUAUCAAAAAUAUCAUUUUUAUCCCAAUUUAUUAUUCAAAAUCUUUCACAAAUCAUUUAAAUUUCUAUUCAAGCAACAAUGACUCAUACGGAAUCAAAUCCAGCACCUUAUUCAUCUCUUCUUUAAUAAUUUUCGCAUAACUUCUCUCAAUGUAAGGAUAAAGGAUAGGAAUGGCAAUAUCAUGAACUUUAUGUCCACUUUCUAAAGCAAUAAACUUCUUAUCAGAACUCAAUGAGAUAUCCAAGAUAUUCAAGAACUCAAUUCCAUUCUUCCUAAUCUUUUGAAAUUCAAAAUGUAGAAAAGCUUUCGUGUUCCUGUAUCGUGACUUAAAUGAUCCAUUAAAAUUAACACCGAGAAGAUUUAUUGAGCCUGAAUAGUCGCCUGUGUCUGAGAUUUUUGGAAAUAACAUCGUAAGAUCAGCUGUUAAUGUCUGAGGAUUGAUGCUGUACUUCUCAACUUUGUAGUUCGAAAGGCCAAGCACUGUCAUAUUUCUGGUUAUGAUUUGGAAUACUUGACCGGUUCCAAAAACGUGACUGAGGGAUAAAUGAAAGAGAAAAUCAAAAAUUUUAAAUUUCACAGGAGUAAUUUUUAAGGUUCAGGUGCAUUCGCAUGACCGUUUUGAGAUUCAGAAGCCAUCACACUAAAUCUUUGUGAUUCAGGUGUCUUCACAUGCGAGUGUUGAGGUAAAGUCGACUUCACACUAAGGUUUUAUGAUUCAGGUGUCUUCACAUGCGUGUGUUGCGGUUAGGCAGCCUUCACACUAAAGCUUUGUGAUUCAGGUGACUUCACAUGGAAGUUUUAAGGUUAAGUCGCCUUCACACUAAAGCUUUGUGAUUCAGGUGUCUUCACAUGCGAGUGUUGAGGUAAAGUCGCCUUUACACUAAGGUUUUAUGAUUCAGGUGUCUUCACAUGCGAGUGUUGAGGUAAAGUCGACUUCACACUAAGGUUUUAUGAUUCAGGUGUCUUCACAUGCGAGUGUUGACGUAAGGCAGCCUUCACACUAAAGCUUUGUGAUUCAGGUGACUUCACAUGGAACUUUACACUAGGAUUUUUGUAAUUCAGGUGCAUAUACUUCAGCUUUUUGAGGGUCAGGUGCCUUCACACUAGAGUCGACCAUAAUAUUAACAAUAAAUACUUACUUCUGCAGAAUAAAUGGAUCCAGUGGACGGAUUUGUAGCUCAGGAAACCAGUUUCCAGUUGCAAAUUCGUAUUUGACAUUUUCGAAUGCAUUGAUUAAGCAGUUUUCAAGGUUAGGGUCAGACCGUCGACACGGUGCAUUGUAUUGAA